GAGGGCGAGCCGGCGGCCAGGGCGAGCGCUUGCUGGCAACACGAUGCGGUCCUUGCUGUUCACUUUCUCGGCGUGCGUGCUGCUGGCCCGGGUGCUGCUGGCUGGCGGCGCGAGCAGUGGCGCCGGGGACACCCGGCCAGGCAGCAGGCGCCGGGCGAGAGAGGCGCUGGCGGCUCAAAAGAUCGAGGUGCUUGUUUUAUUGCCCCGGGACGAUUCGUACUUGUUCUCGCUGGCCCGGGUGAGGCCGGCCAUCGAGUACGCGCUGCGUAGCGUGGAGGGCAAUGGCACCGGGAGGAAGCUGCUGCCGCCGGGCACUCGCUUCCAGGUGGCCUACGAAGACUCGGACUGCGGCAACCGCGCGCUCUUCAGUCUGGUGGACCGCGUGGCGGCGGCACGCGGCGCCAAGCCGGAUCUCAUCCUGGGGCCCGUGUGCGAGUACGCGGCGGCGCCGGUGGCCCGGCUGGCGUCUCACUGGGACCUGCCUAUGCUGUCCGCAGGAGCGCUGGCCGCCGGUUUCCAGCACAAGGACACGGAAUACUCUCACCUCACGCGCGUGGCGCCUGCCUACGCCAAGAUGGGAGAGAUGAUGCUCGCUCUGUUCCGCCACCACCACUGGAGCCGUGCAGCCCUGGUCUACAGCGACGACAAACUCGAGAGGAACUGCUAUUUCACCCUCGAGGGGGUCCACGAAGUUUUCCAGGAGGAGGGGUUGCACACGUCUGCCUACAAUUUCGAUGAGACCAAAGACUUGGACCUGGACGACAUAGUGCGCUACAUCCAAGGCAGCGAGCGAGUGGUGAUCAUGUGUGCCAGUGGUGACACCAUUCGGAGAAUCAUGUUGGCAGUGCACAGACACGGCAUGACCAGUGGAGACUACGCUUUCUUCAACAUUGAACUCUUCAACAGUUCUUCCUACGGAGAUGGCUCGUGGAGGAGAGGAGACAAACACGACACUGAAGCUAAACAAGCAUACUCAUCCCUCCAAACAGUCACCCUACUGAGGACCGUGAAACCCGAGUUUGAGAAGUUUUCCAUGGAGGUGAAAAGUUCUGUUGAGAAACAAGGGCUCAAUGAGGAGGAUUACGUGAACAUGUUUGUUGAAGGGUUCCAUGACGCCAUCCUCCUCUACGUUCUGGCUUUACAUGAAGUGCUCAGAGCUGGCUACAGCAAGAAGGAUGGGGGGAAAAUCAUCCAGCAGACUUGGAACAGGACAUUUGAAGGUAUCGCCGGGCAGGUGUCCAUAGAUGCCAACGGGGACCGGUACGGGGACUUCUCUGUGGUUGCCAUGACUGACACUGAAGCAGGCACCCAAGAGGUCAUUGGUGAUUACUUUGGGAAAGAAGGCCGGUUCAAAAUGCGAUCGAAUGUCAAAUAUCCUUGGGGCCCUUUGAAAUUGAGAAUAGAUGAGACCAGAAUCGUGGAGCAUACCAACAGCUCUCCUUGCAAAUCAUCAGGUGGCCUAGAAGAAUCUGCAGUGACAGGAAUCGUUGUGGGGGCCCUACUAGGUGCUGGUUUGCUAAUGGCCUUCUACUUUUUCAGGAAGAAAUACAGAAUAACCAUUGAGAGGCGAAAUCAGCAAGAGGAAAGCAACAUCGGGAAACAUCGAGAGCUGCGGGAAGAUUCCAUCAGAUCACAUUUUUCAGUGGCUUAAACGAGAUGCCCCUCUCACUUCGUCUACUUGAGAUUCCUUAAAGAGAUAGACGGAAGGACAGACAUCAACGGAACAGAAAGGGCGUUCUCGGAGAAGUCAUUCUUUUAAGCAGUAGUCAUUUCAUUUUACGUUUUCUUUAGAAGCUCAGGAAUGAUUAUUAAUCACUAUCUGCCUUCUGGCCUCUCAUCUCAUGGCAAACUAAUAUAAUGAAAUAACGCAAUCCUGUUAAGUGUUCUGGCUGCCGGAGGGGCAUCGGAGUAGAUUUAUGUCUUGAAAGCCUGCUGCCUCCAUAUCAUGAUUGCUUUGGGGGCAGUUCACAGGAGGAUAUAAAAAUGUGGUUUUUCUGAAAUGAAAUGUUUUGUAGCUAGAAUAAAACAAUUUUUACAAGGAGAAUAUUCUUGGAAAGAAUUUAACACCCAAUAAGAGGACAAUGGAAUGAAAGAAAUCUCCAGGCUGGCAAUGCAGUGCCCCUCUCUCUGGAACUGGGGGAUAGGUUUGUGGUUGAUGAAGGCUGCGUCCAACGUCCACAUUCAGGUCUGACUUCAUAUCUCAAGAAAGGAUCCUCCUUGUCUCUUUUAGUGUCUCAUCAGAGCUCCUCUGGAAAACUGUAAAUAUUAGUGAGCAAGGAGGAUUUAUAUAAGAAAAUUGAAUCUAAAAUGCUUCUUUUAUGAUGUAAAAAAAGUCCUACUUCACACUAACAUUUUAUUUUUAAGUAUUUUAAUCUUAUAUUUUGGUAUUAGAAAUGUGUCUAUUUUUUCAUUUUGAAGAUUAAAUUUCACUUAUAUUUUAAGAGCACGGAGGAGGUGUGUGACAAAUCUGUGGAGAGGGAGGAACGGUUCUCAUUUUCUCUGCUGUCCUCUGUCCCUUGGCAGUCUCUAAUGCUAACUGCUAGUCUGGCUGAAGAUGUACAGAAGUCUGUUCAGCUUACAAACUCUGAAGGAAUACGUACGUUGAUGUUAAGCCGUUGUUCAUUUUCAACUGUUUUAAAUGUAUGUUAUUGGAGGGCUACAUUCUUUCUAACUAUGGUCAAAUGAUGCCCUUCAAAACCAGUAGACUUAAGUGGAGUCUAUAAAGAAACACAACCCUUUUCCCUCAAGAAUAAGCAGACAGUGAGAAUUUGACAGCAAGACACAGUGGUGAUACAUUUAAAAAAACUGCAUGCAAUUUAUCAAAAUUUGAGGUGAUGAUUUUAAUUUAAAAAGGGAAUGUUGAUAUCUGCUGUGUCCCUUUAACCUCAUAGAGUUUUGCAGCCACCAUAAAUGAUGCAUAGCUUGGACAGUGAGCUAGGACAGACAAGGGAAGCGUGGCCAAGACUGAGCCAGCCUUUGCUGGGUAUCCUCUUUGCACUCAAUUCUGGGCGCAGAGGUUUCAAUUCUGGUUGCGACUUUAUCAUUUGAGGAGAGAACAAGGGUACCAUCUUGUAAUUUUGCCUUUCUUGGUAACAUUCUGAGCAUCUGAAACCCAGUUUAAAGGGGGGAAAUUAAAUAAUUUCUUGGAGGUGUCCUAUCCAUUCAGGUUAACUGUGGAGGAAUCCAAGCAAGCUUAGCAAGCUCUGGAAGCUGGCUUCCCAGGGAAGGAGUGGAUCACACCUCCUUCUCUCAGGGGAGUCAAAGUGAAUGGGCUGCAUCUGUGUGGGGCUCAGGAAAUGGGAUGUAAACCCCGUGAUAAAAUGAAUUAGCUUCUGAACAACUGAAGGAGGUAUGGCAGGAGGUAUGUUGUGGUUCUGCCUGUGCGAUAUUGAGGGAAAAGUGCUGACUUCAAAAAAAAAAAAAAAAAAAAAAGUAGGCCAGAAAGGCAAACCUUAAAAUGCUAAUCCAGGAGGCUUGUUUGUGGAGCACAACUCAGGAAGGCUGCAGCUAGUGGUCAGGGACUCACAUAAUGAAGACAGAUGGGCAGACUGCAUCCACCCCAGUUCUCAGAACCGGACGGCUGCUUGUUUCUCUCUUACAUUUUCAAUGAUGUUUUCCCUGUGUUUCAGAGAUACGCAUUUUUUUAUUUUUUUUUUUUUUUUUUUUUUUUUUUGGCACCUGUGUGUUAAUUGCAGGAGGGUGACAGUGGGAAAAGUUCUCUACCUGGCUAUAUUUUUUGGGUGUAAAUAUGUCUAAUCCUUUCUUGAAUUUGUAUAGUUCCCCUUGAAUGUCAGCAUAGUUACAACAGUAUUUUUUAUUUCUGCUCCAGCUAGAGGAAUUGUUCCAAAGUUAAUAGCGUAUCCCCAGAUUAGAUGUUAAAAAUGAGAAGGGAGCUAGCCUUUAAAAAAUAAAUAGGCAGGGUGAAUCGUGAAGUCCCUGGAGUCAUUUCCUACAGUUUUAAAGCAAUUCUAAUAUUAUUAAGGUUGAUUGCUCAUUUACAUGCCUGCUGUAUAGUUUGUCUUUCUUGAAUGUCUUUACAUGGCUAGGCAAGGUGGCCCAUGUCUUCAAUUCCAGCACUUGGGAGGCAGAAGCAGGAGGGUAUCUGUGAGUUUAGGGCCAGGAUGGUCUCCAUAGUGAAUUUCAGGUCAGCUGUAGUUACACAGUUAGACCUUAUCUCAGAAAAAAAUAAAUCAUUAUAUGAGUUGCCAAAAUGUCAUUAAGUUUUAAAAACACCACCAAGUUGGGAAACCUUCGCUGACAGUAUAGAUGUCUGUUCCAUGGUGGCUCUGGGUUAAAAACUCUUAGUAUUGUAUUGUAGAACUUAAAUUCCUAACUGCUAAGCAACAACUUUGACAAUUAGUCAUUCAUAAUUUGCCAGUAGUCAUCUAUUAUAUAAUUAACAAAAUGAAACUUUAGUUCUUAAGCCAUUCUACAAAUUUUUACUCUUAAGUCCAAUGAUCAAGGUUUCAAAGGGGGGGCAUUUCAUUAGUGUUUUUUAUAUCUUGUCAAAUAUAAGUUCAUACACAAGCUAAACUAAGCAUAUACUUAUGGUGAUGGAAAUAAACACAAGUUUUAUAGCCAAUAUUAUUGCCUUAGAUCUGGGAGAGAAGCUGAACUCAGAAACAAAACUUUCUGGGUAGAGUCAUAUCUGUUCCCAACACAAACAGAGGUUUCACACGGAAUCUGUCAACAUGUAUUGUUUUGAAGAGCCAUUGGCGUGUCUUUUCCUGAACCACAGACAGAAUUCCACAUGUCUUGAAAUAGUUGUUUACAUUUCAGAAUUCAUGGAGGAGAGGGAGAAUCCUAUGGAAUGAGAACAGAUGCUCCACCCCCACUUCCUUUUUCUCUUGAAUGAACAGCUUUGGAAUGCCAAGUCACUUCCCCUUGCUUACAGGCAUCCUGUGCCUUUGCUCAUGGCACAUCUACCUUCUGUGUCCCUAACAAAAAGGCCUCUUUUUUUCUGGUUGGGACUGAUUGUUGGGGUCUAAGACAGGCAGUGGGAUGUGGAAAGGGAGGCCUUGUGUAUCUCAGAGAGUGGGUUCAGAAGCUGUUUCUAGUGAUGCCAUUGCUUUCUUGAAACAGAGCUACUCGUGCAGGUGUUUUAGAUGCGUCACAAGUGCAUACACACACACACACACACACACACACACGAAAAAAGAGAA